CUUUCUCGGAAUUGAAGCUGCAGAUACUGAAUUGUAUCAAAUCUCUCGAGAGAGAGAGAAAAAACCCAUCUGCCGAAACAUACGUCAUUGGAUGCGAAAGGUCGAAGCUUGUUGCAUAAUCUCCAGAGGUAAAUUCCCAUUCACUGAUCGAAAGUUCGAAUCUUUACUCUAACUCCACCCUACGUGGCUUCCGAUCACUCCUCUCCCGUGUUUUGAGUUCCUUUGCGGCCACUUUCGUAAUUCCUCUUCUGGGUUUUCCGUUCAAAGAUCUGAUCGAGUGAUCUUUAUCCGACGGUUCAGAUUUGAGAUUGAAUGGAACGAAUCGGAUUCUGGGGAUUAUUAAUGGGUAGUGUCGAAAAGUCACCAGAUUCUCGAAAUGUAAUUCCUUUCUCUGAAGAGAGUUGUAGUAAUACGCGUUCUCGUUCAAGAAAUGUUAGCCCUUUAAGUCGUGUCCCGUCGAGAAACACGAGUCCCUCUAAGCAGAACGUAAUCAAGACCAAACCACGUGGUCUCGAGGAAGAAACAGUAGCUUCAUUCGGUAAACCAGUUGUCAUCACCGAUGUCCCCAUGGAAGACAGUAUCUGGUCAAUGCUACCAGAGGAUCUCCUCAACGAGAUUUUAGCUAGACUCCCACCGUUUAUGAUAUUCCGAAUCCGUUCCGUUUGUAAAAAAUGGAACUUGAUUCUUCAGGACAACAGUUUCCUCAAGUUUCACUCUCACGUCUCCUCGCACGGACCUUGUCUCCUCACCUUUUGGAAGAACUCGCCGCAGAUUGUUCCGCAGUGUUCGGUUUUCAGCUUGCCGUUGAAGACGUGGUACAAAGUUCCUUUCACGUUUUUGCCUCCGUGGGCUGUUUGGUUGGUUGGUUCUUCAGGUGGACUUGUUUGUUUCUCGGGGCUUGAUGGUUUGACUUUCAGGACUUUGGUGUGUAAUCCUCUGAUGCAGAGGUGGAGGGUUUUACCGAGUAUGCAUUGUAAUCAGCAACGGCAGUUGAUUAUGGUUGUGGAUCGUUCGGAGAAAUCAUUUAAAGUGAUAGCAACGAGUGAUAUCUAUGGGGAUAAGUCACUUCCUACAGAGGUUUAUGACUCCAAGAGUGAUAAAUGGUCUUUGCAUCAGAUCAUGCCUGCGGUUAACUUAUGCUCUUCGAAAAUGGCGUAUUGUGAUUCUCGUUUGUAUCUAGAAACUCUGUCUCCUCUUGGUUUGAUGAUGUAUGGGGUUGAUACAGGGAAGUGGGAGCAUAUUCCAGCUAAGUUUCCGAGGUCUUUGUUGGAUGGUUACUUAGUUGCUGGAACUCAGAAGAGGCUGUUUCUUGUGGGAAGGAUUGGUUUGUACAGUACUCUUCAAAGUAUGAGGAUUUGGGAGCUUGAUCAUACGAAGGUUUCUUGGGUGGAGAUUAGUAGAAUGCCACCAAAGUACUUCAGAGCGCUUCUGAGACUUUCGGCUGAGAGGUUUGAGUGUUUUGGACAAGAUAAUUUGAUCUGCUUUACGUCGUGGAAUCAAGGGAAAGGGCUUCUGUAUAAUGUGGAUAAGAAGAUUUGGUCUUGGAUCUCAGGGUGUGCGCUUCAGUCGUGUAACAGUCAAGUGUGCUUUUAUGAGCCUAGAUUUGAUGCAUCCGUCCAGUGAACAGUAGUAAUCAUCUUCUGGUUUCCACAUCAGUCUUUCAAAGUAUAACAGCUUGGCUUCUUAGCAAAACGUGUCAGAGAGCUUUUUGAUGAAGACCUUGUCAACAAUUGAUAUGCUACACCAGAAUGAUUAACAUGGGAGAAAAACUGUAAGCUAAAGUCUAAACUUGUUUUUAGCUUUAUGUAAAUUAUUAGCAGUCUCUGGAUGAGAAAACUUUCUCUAUAUCACUGUCUUAUCCACAUGGAUAUGUAUAUACCAAAUUAUUGAUCUUUA